AUGUCUACUAGGUCCAAUAACCCCAACCUGCACGGACCCCUCCCUCCAGCGACCCGACCUCGCCGUAGCAAGUCAGCUGGAGGAACGGGUGAACCGUUUAAAGUUGAUAACGAUUCAAAAGAAGAUGGCUCCAAUCGUUACGAAGGCGACGGAGACCUUGGCACACAGCGGCUUAGCCCCGAUAGACGAUCCCGCUAUGACCAUGGCGAAAAAAACUGCAGUCCCAGCAAUGAAUCCAGCGACCUUGGCUCAGGACGCCAUGGACUUGGAUCCCUCGGCGCAAAAGACUCCAGUCCCGACAACAAAUCCAGCGACCAUAGCUCUGGAAGCGAUGGACGUGGAUCGCGUAGCUUCAACCUCUUCGGCGGAUAUCCAGCUACUCCGCAAAUUACCGGAGAAACAG